UGACUGUCUGUGGCACCUUACAGCCCCCCUGGCAUUUGACAGAACCCACAGAUCGCCAGUCAGGACCUGCUUAGGUGCCAGUGAGAUUCUCUCAGAAAGACUAAACAUAAAUCCCAGGCUGCCCCACAACACACUCUUGCUACUGUGUGCUGAGGCUAGUGCAGCUGCACGCUCUGACAGAUCCUUCCGCCUGAUGCUCAGGCUGCACCCUGAUUGGCUCCCACUCAAUACACAGAGGGCAACUGAGGUAUCAAGUUCCGUUUGAGUCAGAGCAGUCAGUGAUUCAUAGGGAGAUAGUUAUUGUGGUACAAUGUAAGAAUGGCUGCUGCCGCCACAAUGCUCUCCAUACAGGGGGACUGGGACCAGGUCCUGAGGGAGGCUGAGGGGGAAGUCUGGGUAUCGUGCAAGAUUCCUGGAAAGCCCACGAUACGCGGCAGCCUGACGUCAAAGGGAAUAAGUUCUGAUGAGGUUCCGGAAGUGACCGCCUCCGAGGAGUUUGUUGUGCAGGAAGUCACCAAGAAUAGAAUCACUGUUUCCUGCCCCGGGGAGAAUAUUUCCAGCACAUUUCUGUCUCCUUAUGCAAGUUUCUCCCACAUCCAUGAAAAAAACAUAAGUCAGCUACUUGGACAUCUCCAGCGGGGGGACCUGGGAGUCUCCAGCAGCACAGAUCAGACCUUUAAGGUGUGGGAGACCCAUAAUACAGAAGUAAAGAGCGUGCUGGAAGGUCACACAAGGGACGUCUUUUCCUGCAAGUUCUUCCCUUCGGGGCAGGAGGUGCUGAGCGGCGGGUUGGAUUCGCUGGUGAAGGUCUGGUCCGUGAAUGAUGGAAGCUGCUUAGCGACGAUGAAAGGACACAGAGGAAGUAUCCUGGACAUAGCUGUUGUGGCCGAUGGACAGAAUGUCAUUUCCUCGGGGCAGGACGGCACGGCUCGGUUAUGGGACUCUGCCCAAGGCGCCUGCAUAGCUGUGGUCGAUGACUCCUACUCUCCUAUCAACGCCAUCGCUGUGGCCGAGGUUGGAAACGCAGUCAAUCUGGGCUCUCCGAAGGAAACUCCUAGUAACAGGGAAGUAGGAACAGAAGGCAAGCUGGUGGUACUGGCCCGAGAGGAUAAGUCAUUGGAGGGAGUGAGCCUGCACAGCCGCCAAUCAGUUUUCGAUUUUGACGGUUCUGAUGCUUUUAACUGCUGCACCUUUAUCUCCAGUGUGGGGGUCCUGGCUGGGGGCCUCGAUGGGAACAUAAUCCAUGUAGAUAUCAGGAACCCAAAAAGCGCAAUAGAAACCGUUUCCUGGUCAGAAACCCCCGUGUUGUCAUUGGUGCCCUUCAGAGACACCUACGUCGCCAGUUAUGGUAAUGGAACCUGCUAUAUCCCCUUGAAGGGUUCUGAACAAGUUCUGCAACUCACUGGGCCUAAUAGACAACCCGUGUUCCAGGUGGCGGCAUGGAAGAAGCUUGUGUACACGUGCUGCAGGGACGGAUUCAUCCGCAAAUAUGAAAUCCCAGAUCUGGGAUAGAUUUGUGCAGAACUUACACCUUCUGUAUUACUAACCUGCCCCCAUGUUUCCUCCGACCAAAGGGCAAGUCUUCCCUUGUAGUUGGGAAAUGCCAUUUUGUAUUUAUAGGGUGAGUGUAACAGCCAGGUAGUUUCUAUCAUAUAGUGAGAUGCAUAUAUGUGUUUGGUAUAUUGUGAGCACAGACUUCCCUGCGUAUUUGUACUAAACAUAUGAGAGGGAGCUGCCAUAUUGUUUCCCUUACCUGUACAUAUAUAAAGGUGUUUAUAUACAUAGAA